UGAGCGGCGUGCACCUCACCUUGGUUGGGGUGGGUCUCGAGAGCACAGGUGGGGACCCUCGGGCAGGAGACUUGUUCGAGCCUUAGUUUCCUUAUCUACGGGACGCACUUCGGAGCCUCGAAUCCCCAGCCCACCUGUGAAGCCUAGGUCCUGGCCAUGAGACCCUCACACCUCCACCUCUCCGCCGCCGCCGGCCCUUGGGGCCUCGAGAACCUUCUGCUGCCGCUACUGAUGACGCAACUCUGGGUCGCGGAGGCUCUGCUGCUCCCCGGAAACGACACACUCUCGCGCUCCUGGGCCUUCGGCGGCACUUGCCCUCGCAGCUCGCAGCCCUGGCAGGUGUCCCUCUUCGAUGGCUUCUCGUUCCACUGCGCCGGCGUCCUGGUGGACAGGAGUUGGGUGCUCACGGCUGCGCACUGCGGGAACAAUAAGCCUCUGUGGGCUCGAGUUGGGGAUGACCACCUGCUGCUUCUCCAGGGAGAGCAGCUCCGCAGGACCUCUCUUCCUAUUAUCCACCGCAAGUACCGCAAGGGCUCCGGCCCCCUCCUGCCCGGGCGAACAGAUGAACAUGACCUCAUGCUGCUGCGUCUGACCUGGCCCGCUGUGCUGGGGUCUCGAAUCCAGCCUCUACGCCUGCCCUAUCACUGUGCCCAGCCCGGAGACCAGUGCCAGGUCACCGGCUGGGGCACCACAACCUCCCAAAGAGUGAAGUACAGCAAGGGCCUGAGUUGCUCCAUGGUCACUAUCCUGAGCCCUGAAGAGUGUGAGGUCUUCUAUCCUGGUGUGGUCACCAACAACAUGAUGUGUGCAGGACUCAACAAGGAUCAGGACCCCUGCCUGAGUGACUCGGGUGGCCCUCUGGUCUGUGAUGGGACCCUUCAGGGCAUCCUUUCAUGGGGCGCUUACCCCUGCGUCUCUGGUCAGCAUCCAGCUGUCUACACCAAGAUCUGCAAAUACCGCGACUGGAUAGAGAAAAUCAUCCGCUCCAACUGACCCAAAGGCCCUGCAACUGCUUCGCCAUCUGCCGUCUUCCCCCUUCCUCCCCUCCUUCCCCCGCAGACAGCUGGACUCUCCCCCGCCCCACUCAAACUUCUGUCGCCCAUCCACACCUAUUAACAUCUCUCGUCUUCCCUCAUGCCUCCUGCCCACUGCUGUCCUCUGCCCGCUUUGAAGCCAAGAUGCAGAAAGUGGAGGCAAAGUUUUGUUCAUGAGAAACGAGGAAGCCGGUGGUCACUAGUCUCUGAGAGAAGUUAUCAAUUACCCAACCUGGCUUCCUCCACCACUCCCUGCUGUGGGACCUCGGGCAAGCCAAGCAUCUUCUCUGAGCCUCAGUUUCCACACCUGGAAAAUGGGAACAGUGAAGCGUGUACCUCAUAAACGUGUUAUGAAGAGACUAUAACAUGUGUGUAGAUUGUUAUGGUAAUUGUCAUGCAAAGUACUAACACAGUGGGUAGUGAGUUCUGAUUAAAUGGCAACAGGUC